CUUAUACAAGGAGAAAGCUUUGUCUAAGUAGGAUAAAUCUAUCAAAAAAAAAAAAGACCAUUGAAAACAUUCAGAGAAUCAUGCUUGGAAAAGUGAUCUCGUAAGACGAAAGGAAGAGCACAAAUUCAACUCACUUUAGCCUCGAUAUUAAUAASUGAACAGCAUCAACUAGAAAUGGUAUAUUUAGGAGAACUUGCAUAAACAUGAACAAAUGACGAUAUGAUUCAUGUUCAUAAGUAAUAAAUAUUUUUCUACUCGCGGUAAACGUGUCGAAGCGAUCGGCAUUUUUUAAAAACACCGCGCGUCGGUAAAAGAAUUACCAGAAAUCCGGCUUUUUUGGAUUUUCAAGAGAAUUCUGGGAGCAAAUGUCUCGCUGGUCAAGGAUCCGAAGAACCGAGGCGACUCYAUGGGAACGCUAAAAGAGACUUUGUUUCUAGCUACGCCGUAAGACUAGGAUGGAUUUUACAGCUAAGAUCGGAGGGUUUUUUCGAAGUAUUAUCAACCCAGAUGCUGAAGGAACGACUACAUCGCAAGCCAACGCURAUCAUGUAACAACAACRUCAACAGACACAACUCCUCACUCCGAAACAGAACCAACCACAGAUAGAGAUGAUUACUAUGAUGAUCCACGAGAUGCUAGUGACUUUGCCGGGGAGCUCGGCAUCUCGAGGAACAGGCAGGGCACAUUCCCAAUUAGCAAACGAAACGAAAUAUCUUCAAAACUCCAAGUUCCCAGAAGUCCACAGCCGUUUCGAAGACGUUAUACAUUGGCUACUUCUGGAGCUAAUUUAGGGGCUAGUAGCAGCUCUCUACCGAAUGGACGGACUGCCUCACAUAGGGCAUCGACUAGAAGUGCAGGAGAKACGUAYUCAGAUGACGAAACCAUCUUAUCACGUGGGACGAGAAGGAACGAGCUACCAGGCGGUUCUUUCAUGAGACACAGGAAUCCUGAAUCCCCCAGUAGAUCGCAAACCCCUACACGACAUUUUUCGAGUAGUAGUUCUGCUUCUGAGAGUAUAUCGGAUAGUCAUAUACGAGGUGUGGGCAAGUUGAACAUCAUCCUUGACUUCACGUGCCACACCUCGAAGCUAUCUGUCACGAUAUCAAAAAUGGAAUUCCCGCCMUACCAACAGCGUGAUCAGCAGUUGCUAGAGGUCAGCGUUAUGCUGUUGCCUGGGAAACGACAGAGCUUCCGCGCAAGACCAAAGGAUUUUAACGAACCCGUCGCUAUUUAUUUGUAUCCACGAGACAAGAUCAAGGAAAUGUCUUUGAGAUUUCGAUUAUACGAGCAUGGUUCCAUGGGUGCAAGGCACUUAUUAGGUGAGGGAGUAUUACGACUCAGGAGCAUUAAUCUUGAUACUGAAAUGGUCCCUACAUCAGUGGAUCUCCAGCCCCCUGGAUCUUAUGUCCCUGAAGGUGCCUCUGGAGCUAUCAUGUAUGAAGGCGAGUUAGCUAUAUCAGAAGAAGAYCGACCUGAAAUCCUCAUAUCCCUUGAAUAUCGAAGACUAACAGGUAAACUGCUACUAGAGGUCAUCAAGACUAGGAAUCUUGGUAUGUUGACGGAUUCCAAGGCUAAAGAGAUGUUUGUUAGUGUACGGCUUAUUGGAAGCAAUGGUGAGUUGAUUAGUAAAGGUAGGACUACUCCUCGACGUCACAUGGUGGAUCCAGAAUACAAUGAAAUGUUUUUAUUCCAUGUCCCUGAACAAGAGCUCAACUCUGUCACUGUUCUUAUCACCGUCACUAGCGUUAGUAAGACUCUGGGACGAAAAUUGAAAAUCGGGCAAUUGGCUCUGGGACAGAACUUCAGUAGUGAAGAGGAGUUGAAGCAUUGGUAUGAAAUGACGAGAAGUAAAGAAAAGUCCAUUGUGCGAUGGCAUAGGAUUAAUGAAAUUACAUAAAUGAAUAUAUAUUAAAUAUAUAUUAAAUAUAGGUAGAUAUAAACAAAUUGAAACCAGGUAAGAUGGUUACGCGACGAGGCCGGAGAACCAGAUUACACCGGCGAAGAAUAAAAUGUACAUUUGCAGUGAUAAAUAUUGGACAGAAAAGACGAACAGAGGAAUCAACCCUGAGACUAGCUGUAUUAAUAAUAACCUAAUAGUUAAUGGAAAUACAAAUAUAUAAUACAAUAACACAAAGUCUCGAGGCAAAGGUGUAGUUCAGAAACUAUGCUAAUAACGUGUAGGAUAAAUUAAUGGUAAAAUUGCUUAAAUUGGUGUAAGAAUUCAAUUGUGAAUGCCUUUCUAAUGUGUGGUGAGAUAUAGCAUCCUUUUCUAGGCGGUUUUUAACUUGUCGGUAAGUAUAUUGCACAAAGAUGCAUGAAUGAAAAUUCUAGCGUCAUGGUGUCUAUUAAGAUGCGUUAAGUGCUUCGAUAAUGUCCUGCUAAACUACAUCGGAUGAAGGCGCCACUUAAUACUGACCAUAAAAUCAAUAAAUGUAAAAAGAAACGACCUUGAGUGCAGGUCAUAAUGUACGUA